AGUAAGUCGACUCCCAUUAGCCGCAGCCCACCGUGUGGACCAGCACCACACCAGACCUCCUCUCAGACCUCCAUUCAGGACACAUUACGGAGGACUGGGACGGGUUCGUUUCAGUUUCAGGUCCUCACGGUAGAAGUACGCAUCGGUUCUCUGGGUGAACCACCGGGCAUGUGUCGUUCGUAGCGGUUACUCUGAAUACACGACCUGCGGUUCUCUCCCCAAGUUCUGGUCCUUCGUGAGACUCUUCCCAUCAUGGCUCGGAGAUCGUGUGCUAUCUACGCGACGGGGAUCGUGUCCGCUCAUCUGCUGGUGGUUGGGAUCGUUCUUCUCGUGGCUCAAGUCUUCCAGACCAUGAUCCACAGCCGGCUCAAGAAGGAGAUCACGCUGACGGAGAAGAGUCAGAUGUUCGAGUCGUGGAAGAACCCCCCUCCCCCGGUCUACAUGGAGUACUACUUCUUCAACGUCACCAACCCAGAGGUCUUCAUCAACGGGGGGAAGGCUGCCCUCAAACAGAUCGGACCCUACACCUACAGGGAGUACCGACCCAGGGAGAACGUGACCUUCCUGGAGAACGGUACCAAGCUGUUCGCCCUGAACCCCAAGAGCUUCGUCUUUGUUCCUGAGAAGUCUUGCGGGGACCCCGAGGUGGACCUGCUCAGGACCAUCAACAUCCCCUUCGUGGCGGUGACCAACGAGCUGAACCAGUACCCCUUCCUGCUGCGCUCGCUGGUCUCCAUGUUCAUGAACUCGGUGGGCAUCGAGCUCUUCAUGACGCGCACCGUCCACGAGAUCCUCUGGGGGUUCAAGGACCCCCUGCUGUCCCGCAUCCACGCCAUGCGGCCAGAGGUGGACGACACCUUCGGCCUCAUGUGGAAGAAAAAUGGAACCCAUGAAGGGGAGUUUGUGUUCUACACCGGAGAGCAGAACUACAUGGACUACGGGAAGAUCGACACCUGGAACGGCCUGAGGGAGAUGUCGUGGUGGUCGUCCAAUCAGAGCAACAUGAUCAACGGAACGGACGGCGCUGUCUUCCACCCGCUGAUCAACCGGAACGAGCUGCUUUACAUCUUUGCUGCAGACCUCUGCAGGUCCAUCCACCUGGGCUACGUGAAGGAUGUGGAGGUAAAGGGCAUCCAGGCCUUCCGCUUCGCGCCGCCCGCCGACGUCCUGAUGAACCCCACGGACAACCCCGCCAACCAGGGCUUCUGCGUCCCGGCCGGAGACUGCCUGGGCACCGGCGUGCUGAAGGUCAGCGUCUGUCGAGAAGGCGCCCCCAUCGUGGUCUCCUUCCCCCACUUCUACCAGGCAGACCCCAAGUACAUCAACGCUGUGGAGGGCAUGACCCCCAACAAGGAGGACCACGAGACCUACCUCGACCUGCAGCCGACCAGCGGAGUGCCUAUCCGGGCCUGUAAGAGAGCGCAGCUCAACAUCAUCGUGAAGAGGGUCAAAGGUUUCCCAAAAACUAAAUUAAUCCACGAAACCAUUUUCCCCAUCAUGUUCGUCAAUGAGACGGCCACCAUCGACGAUGACUCUGCGUCUCAGAUGCGGACGCUGCUCCUCAUCGUCACGCUGGUCUCCAACUUCCCGCUCCUCAUCAUCGCCAUGGGCCUCAUCCUGCUGCUGGUCCUCGUCGUCCUCUUCUGCCGGAACCGCCAGAGAAAGAAUGAAGUAAAGCGUAUUGAUUUUAAUGAAGCUUUUCAUUCUUUUGCUACGACCAAGGACGACCAGGCCUACACGCAGGUCAGCGACAAGCCUGAGGAGCCCUCAGAACCCCCCCACAGCGGCCAGCCCCCCCGCAACGGCUCCUACAUCGCCAUGUCUCCUGUGGAGGCGCAGAAGUGCUGAUGUCCCGGGAAGGCCACCGCUGGGGGGGGGGGUCCUAGACUAGUCUGAUGAGG